GCUCCGCGGCGGGCUGUCGGUGCCGUUUGUCCGUCCGUCCGUCGCUCCGACACAAUGCAGCUUUUAAUGGAGCUGAGGCUGUGAGCGGUGCGGGGCUCGAACACGCAGCAGCACAGCGGGCUCGACCGGACACCGUGAGCCUCCCGGACCCGACCCGCCGAACCGUUAACGGCGUGACGCAGCCACCGAGCGGCCGUGACUCGGUUUAUCCCCGGGACUCCGCUGCGGUUGCUGUAUCAAGACGACAAAGGAGAAGAUUGUCGAAGCUCCACAUCUUAAGGAACAUCUGAAAGGGAGUAAUAAAAUGAGCACAUCCCAGAUAGAAACAACUGGCCCACACAACUAUCUCACUCACCUGUGAGCAGACAUGCUCCCCCUGCAUCACUCUUCGAGGGGCACCCCUCCCCAGUUGCGGGACUGUUUCCUGACAUAGAUUUGGAAGAAUGGCUCUACCUUGUGACAGAAAUGGCAUUAGGUUGUGUAGGCUAUAACACAUUAGAGUACAUAUUAGAGUACAGGUGAGGCUGUUGCCAAUACCCACAGGACCCUAAAGAGGACUCAGAUGACCUUUACACAAGGACAUAAAUACGCCCCAGCUUUGAUUUAGUAUCCAUCUUGCUGCCUUUGCUGACAAGGUUGACUAUGGCUGCUGUUGAUCCGCAUAGCAACGGUUCCAUGAUGGGGCGAGGAGCGGACUGAGGGAGUUGACAAUGCAGCGAAACGGUGGUGGGGUGGGUGCUGGAGGCCAACCAUGGGUGUUGCGCCGUGUGCGUCUAACAUGGCUCAGUUUCAUGCUCUUCUUUAUCCUGGUCUUCUUCCCACUCAUUGCCCACUACUACCUCACGACCAUUGACGAAGCUGGAGGUCCCGAUAAGCGUAUCUUUGGGCCUCGGCCUGGCGGUGAACUGUGCGAAGCCAAACAUGUGCAGGAUCUUUGCCGCAUUCGUGAGUCGGUCAGCGAGGAGCUGCUGCAGCUGGAGGCCAAGAGGCAGGAGCUCAAUGGGGAGAUUGCCCGACUCAACUUGCGCAUUGAGGCAUGCAAACGCAGCAUUGACAGUGCCAAGCAGGAUCUGCUGCAAUUGAAGAAUGUUAUCAGCCAGACAGAGCAUUCCUAUAAAGAGCUAAUGGCCCAGAACCAGCCCAAGCUGUCGCUGCCUGUAAGGUUGCUGCCAGACAAGGAAGACCCAGGGCUUCCACCACCCAAGUCCGCACGCUCCUGCCGUCUGCGGUCCUGCUUCGACUACGGGCGCUGCCCUCUUACGUCUGGGUUUCCUGUGUAUGUCUACGACACAGGCUCUUAUCCAUGGGGGGACUAUCUCGACCCACUGGUGAAGCAGGCUUUUGCAGCAUCAGUUAAGAGCAACAUUUAUAUAACUGAUAACCCCAGCAUUGCCUGCCUGUAUAUGGUCCUUGUUGGAGAGCUACAGGAGUCGUCCUCCCCUCCACCAUCUCCUUCAGAGCUGGAGAAGCAAUUAAAAGCUCUUCCCUACUGGAGAUCAGAUGGACACAACCAUGUACUAUUGCAUCUCUCUAGAAAAUCCAUGACACAGAACUUCCUGUAUAAUGUGAGUGCAGGACGAGCAGCAGUUGCUCAGUCCACCUUUUUGGAGCAGCAGUACCGUGAGGGCUUUGACUUGGUUGUAUCCCCACUGGUUCAUGCCCUCUCAGAACCAAACUUUUUGGAAGUGCCCCCUCAAGUACCAGUCAAGAGGAAAUACCUCUUCACCUUCCAGGGAGAGAGGGUGGAGUCACUGAGGAGCAGCUUACAGGAGGUACCCCCCCAGUCAUUCGAGGAGGAGAUGGAAGGAGACCCACCAGCCGACUACGAUGAUCGCAUUAUUGGCACCUUAAAGGCAGUGCAGGACAGCCACUUGGAUCAGGUGCUGGUCGAGUUCACCUGCAAGGACCCUCGGCCAAGUUUGCCGACUGAGUGGUCUCUUUGUGGACAGAGGGAGGACAGGCUGGAGGUGCUCAAGGCUUCGACUUUUGCCCUGGUGAUUGCUCCAGGAGAUGGGCAGCUGGUGGCCUCAGCAGGCUGUGGAAUGAGGCUCUUUGAAGCCUUAGAGGUAGGAGCCAUCCCAGUCAUGUUGGGGGAUCACUCCAGACUACCUUACCACCAGUUUAUCCGCUGGAGCGAGGCUGUCAUUAUAGUCCCCAAGCCCCGUGUCACGGAGCUGCACUUUCUGCUGCGCAGCCUAUCAGACAAUGAUAUGCUAGCUAUGAGGCGGCAGGGUCGCUUCCUGUGGGAGACCUACUUCUCCACCUCAGAGAAUGUUCUCAGUACCAUCCUGGCCAGCAUCAGAACCAGCAUCCAGGUCCCUGCUGCACCCAUCAAAGAGGAGCCCGCCCAUGAGAUUCCUCACAAAGCUGGAAAGCUGGCAGGAACUGAUGCCAACCUGGCUGACAAUGGUGAUCUGGAUUUGGGUCCUGUGGAGACGGAGCCCCCCUACGCUUCUCCACGCUUUCUGCGCAACUUCACAUACACAGCUGCAGACACCUACAGAGCAUGGAACCGGGCCCCGGGGCCUUUUCAUCUGUUUCCUCACACACCUCUAGACCCUGUGCUGCCCUCUGAAGCCAAAUUCCUCGGCUCCGGUACUGGUUUCAGGCCUAUAGGUGGAGGUACGGGAGGUUCGGGAAAGGAGUUUCAGGCAGCUUUAGGAGGGAACGUGCCACGAGAACAGUUCACAGUGGUAAUGCUGACAUAUGAGAGGGAGGAAGUGCUGAUGAACUCUCUGGAGAGGUUGAACGGACUGCCGUACCUCAACAAGGUAGUGGUGGUGUGGAAUUCCCCCAAGCCUCCUUCAGAUGACCUGCUGUGGCCCGACAUUGGACUUCCCAUUGUGGUCGUCCGCACAGAGAAAAACAGCCUCAACAAUCGCUUCCUUCCCUGGGAUGCCGUGGAAACGGAGGCUAUUCUCUCGAUUGAUGAUGACGCUCACCUCCGCCACGAUGAGAUCAUGUUCGGGUUCAGAGUUUGGCGUGAGGCUAGAGAUCGUAUUGUGGGCUUCCCAGGGCGGUACCAUGCGUGGGAUGUCAACCAUCAGUCAUGGCUUUACAACUCCAACUACUCCUGUGAGCUCUCCAUGGUCCUGACGGGAGCUGCUUUCUUCCAUAAGUACUACGCCUAUCUGUACUCCUACGUGAUGCCCCAGGCCAUCAGGGACAUGGUGGACGAGUACAUAAACUGCGAGGACAUCGCCAUGAACUUCCUAGUCUCGCACAUCACCCGCAAACCACCCAUCAAGGUGACAUCUCGUUGGACUUUCCGCUGUCCCGGCUGUCCUCAGGCCCUCUCACACGAUGACUCCCAUUUCCACGAGCGCCACAAGUGCAUCAACUUUUUUGUCAAAGUGUACGGCUACAUGCCGCUGCUGUACACGCAGUUCCGAGUGGACUCUGUGCUGUUUAAGACUCGUUUGCCCCACGAUAAGACCAAGUGCUUCAAGUUCAUCUAGCAUUGGGCUGAGUGGCCCAGCGAAGAGCCAAAAAGCCAAGUGGAUUGAAGAAGUAUUUAAAGAGAGCAGCAGCUCCCACGGCGAGCAGCGAUGAUGGAGGGAAGGAUGGACGGACUGCCAGAUGCACACAGUCUUGGAUUAGGAUUUUGCCGGGGGGAGAUAGACAUAUUAACCUUGUGGUCUAACCCACGACUACUGAGAAUUUGGAAAGUGGAAGCUGAAAGGGGACCACUGCCAACAAAAUAAGUCUCUUCAGUGGACGUCACUCCUCCUGUUUCAUGUUCUUCAAUCAUGCUCAAUCAUUAACCACUACAGAUGUCAUUGGCACCUCCAGACGGCCUGCUGAGGAAAGAGGGCAGUUGUACCCCGUGUACAGAAACUCUCCCAGGAGACUCUACCUGAUAAUGGAGCGAUGAGUUAGUGCAUCACUGACAGACUGACGCCAGGCUGCGCUCAGCUCAGCAGCCUGUUGACACUUUCCCAACGGUGAGCAGAAGUGACACCAGCACACGGCUGCCGCUGUCUGUUUUCCAUGUUACAGUUACAAACUGUACUUCCUGUACUUGUACGUGAGAGAAGCACUGAUGGUCAGAAGUAUUUUAUUGAACAAACUCUUUUUUUUUUUUGGUUUUUAAAUAAUGUUUAAAUGUGUACAUCUCUAUGUGGAGCGAACAGUUUCCAGAGCCUCUGCCUGUGGGAGAUCAGACACAGAUUCAGUCUGAGGAAGAAAACAGGAACGUGACCGAGGAUUUAAAUAACACGUAGGCCCGAUCAUGUUUAGCAGUGUUUCAGCAGUCACCAUAAUGCCUCAAAUUUGUCAUGAAAACCAGCCGCCACCUUGUCAUUUUGUUAUGCUUACAGGCGCUCGUCUCUGAUGUUUAAAAAUUGACCUGUUUUUUAUGCUAUAGGGUGUUUACUAAUGUUUGUUAAAUUUGGUCCGAGUCACGUUUCAAUGUAAUAAUAUCGACCAAUCAUCCGUUACGCUUUCCUUACCGAGAAUCACAGCUGCCAAAAUGAACAAAAUAGGUUUUAAUCAUGCAGACAGACUCAAUGCAGUUCAGUGUACUGUUAGAUCACCGUAACAAUGUUAGAUUUAAAGGGACAAUAUGCUUAUUUGUAUUCUGGCAGAGAUCUGGAUGAGAAUGUUGGAAGUUGAUGUUCUCAAAUCUGUUUAAAUGCUAACAGCCAAUGGCUUGUUAGCUUAGCUUAGCACAAAGAAUGGAAACCGAGGGGAUUUGCUAGCUUGGUUGUUUAAAAUGCUAACGAAAUUCGCCUUACAGUGUCUCUAUGGAAGUGAAAAUGAUUCGACAAAUGAGGUUUAAAGUGUAAAUGUUUGAUCCUUUGAGUCACUGGUACGUGAGAGUCAGGCUGUUUCCCUUAGUUUCUAGUCUUGAUGCAAACUGGAGAUGUUCCGAUACCAUUUGUCCCGUAGCUGUAUAACUACUAACCCUGUAUGGAAGUGAUUAUUCUCGUUGUUGUUUGACCUGACUCAGGUUAAACCCUUUGAAGAACACAAAACUACAAAUCACCAUUUUACUUUCUAUACUUUCCUCCAUGAAGUUUUGCCAAAUUGCAUUUUAGCUAGCUCUGGCUAACGCCAAACUUCGGGAAAUUACUUCUUCGCUGAUUUAGAAACGGUACUUGUCAGUUUUGGAGAAGCGAAGAUGGAGAAAUUUCCUUAAAAAGAAAAUUGCAAUUUUAUAUGCGUGAAACUACUAUACUUUAAAGUUGUGGUAACAGAUUUGCGUACUUGCUAAUGCCCGCUGUAGCAUUGGGGUCAUCUCUGAUGCUGGUAUUGGAACAUCUCUAACGCUAAGCUAAGUGGCUGCAGGCGGUAGAUUUAUAUUUUCAGAAAAUAAGAGCAAUAUCAAUCUCCCCCAGAAAGCAAAUAAAGGUAAUUCCCAUGUGUUUGAAACUACCUUUUAACGUACAGCCGGUGCUGGCUUUGCAUCAGAAUUACAUUAGAUCUACAGAAGCAUCCCAGCUCAGACAAAAAUGUCACUUUAGUGUCGCCAUGUUGGUUUCACUGUUGUUUUUGUUUGUUUUUUUUACCAUUGCUUGAUGAAUGUUUCCUUUGCCAAAUAGGUACGAUAUCUGCUGCUCGACAGCGAUGCUCAGUGCUCGGGAUGCAGUCUGGUACACCGACAUCCACUCUGCAUGGUACUUUACCAGGAGUCAACCCAUUAUGUAUUAUAAAUCCAAAGUUCUUUAUUUGACCAUGUCAGACUAAGUUUCCCUGUAAUCUGAACAAAACAUCAACCUGAAAAGAUGAGUUUGAAAAGAAAGAUAUUUAGAUUAGCUUCUCCUUCCCAACCAAUUAUGUUCUGUUCUACAAACACUCAUGAAGUCCAUGGUUCCUGUAUAUUUAUUGAAUAUAUUAUGAAAAAAAGAUUUUUUAAAGCUGAUAAUGACACAUGCAAUAAAAUGAAAAGACAUUGUAGUUUAUUAUUCCUAUUUUCAAAGAGGUCCCAGCCUGAAGGAGCCAACAGCUUCUUUGUUUCCAAGGAAAACGAGCUUGUGCCAUCGACCUGAGAGCAGACGUGUGUUCUUCUGUGACCUGGUUUUUCCAGAGGUCGGACUAUAAGUAGAAUGUCAUUAACUGAGUUUUUCAAAGAGCCAGUGGAUUCUGGUCGAAGUGUCUUUGAAGCCAAAUCCCGACCUGCUCCGGUGGCUGCUGCGGCUGUGCUCUGACCCCCUCCCCCCCCCAGGUGAAAUACAAACAUAUUCGGAUGGAAAUAUUUUCCUGCGAGGGAUAAAAUUCAAGAGAAUGUUUCCUAAUUGCUGUGGUUUAACUUGGCAACACGGCAAAAAAAACAAAAACAAAUCCAAAUUUACAUUUGUUGCUGCACCAGACUUGGAAAAAACAACUUUUUAAAAACCGCUGUCACAUCCCAACAGAAUUUUAAUUGGAGCUCGAGGGGCCUCAUAAUUACUUGGCCGGCUCUAGACCUGUCCUCGGGGCACAGUUUGGGUCAGCUGGUAUUUUGGAAGGUGAAAAAAAAACAACCUCCCCAUUCCUCUCCCACCAGCCUCCUCCCCUCCAGGAUCUGUGGCACAGCUGGUUUUCCGUGGCCUGAAAGCAGGAAGCGUUAGAAAGGUGGAACUAUCAAGUGCUCCUGGGUCGGCUCCACCAGCGUGGACGGGGCUCCGGCGACCUGCAACGCUCUUCUGCAACGUCUGGCCGAAACCAGACUGGCUCCGGCGUCACGACAAACCAUUGAAGGCCAGAUGAAUGGAAAUAAAAACACUCAACAUUGUUAAAAACUUGA